UUUGAAACGUUCGUUAAUCAUGCGCGAAUAGAGAGGACCGGUGGAAGCUGCCAGCGAGGGUGAGAUAGAGACACCCAGAGGAGGAGAGAAGACAGCGGUGCGACGCUUUUAAACCGAUGAGAUGACAGUGCUUUGCGUGCUGUGGGCAACCUUGUCCACCGUGGCAUCGAUCCUAGCCUGCUCUGGAUUUUACCUGCCUUACUGGAUUCAGGGACGACUGCUGGGAAAAGCGGACGCGUACUUUAGUUCCUUUCGGCGCUGCAACUAUCCACGAAUAAGGGCGCCGAACGCUGCACCAGAAAUAGUUUACGAGUGCGCCAGGUACUCCAGUUUCUGGGACAUACCGAGUGCCUGGUGGCAGGCGAGCACCGUGACGAUGGGAAUCGGUAUCGCGAUCGCGGUGAUCGGCGCGCUGACUCUUCUGGCCGCUGCCUUGAGCUUUCUGCCUCACAUACUGAAGACACCCAAGUACACGAGAAUUCUGGGUGCCUUGCAACUGCUGGCUGCAGUGAUGAUAUCCGGCGGCCUGGUGAUGUAUCCCGUAGGGUGGGACAACCGGGAGGUGCGGCAGUCUUGCGGGAAGGGUGCUAACGUAUACAAUCUCGGAAAGUGUUCCGUGUCCUGGUCAAGCCACCUGCUGGUCAGCUCCGUGGCGUUGCUGAUGCUGUGCUUCGGGCUGAGCUUCUGCACCCCGCGACACAAGCCGUCCAACCCGCACACGGAUCCGCUGCGCAUUUGACAAUCGAGAUACUCGCAGUCGAUCCACGCUUAUGCCUCGCCGAAGACGACCACCCUGUCGUUCGUGACGGUCUGUUGAUCGUGAACCGGGACGUCAUCGUCGUCGCGAUCGAGCCUCUUCGUUCAUGUGGGUAUGCUCUGAGUCGACUGUCUGUCCGUCUGUCUGUUCAAAUGUAAGCGUGUCUCCGUAUGCGUGCCGUGUACAUAGCUCAGCGCACGAUCACUGCUAUGUACGUACCUAUAGAUGAACGUUUUACGUGUGUAGCGUAGCAUUAACUCGAACAGGAAAGUUUCGACGACGUCGUUGGGCGUCGCGUCGCCGCGAAACGCGCGGUUCGACCGGGCAACGAGUUCUUCGUUACUUUCAGGGGUCACAGACGUGACGAUUCAUGAAGUUGGAAAGAAAGUCCUUAGGGAAAUUCGCGCACUUUAUUCCUAACGUAACUCCAGCCUUUGCUGAAAAUAUCCUGCGACGGGGAAACGUGGUCGAGGAAGACGUUGGCGUGGAUGAUUAGUUACAGACCAGAUACCAAUUACGGACUAGUUAAUUAAAUGUAAGAAGUGUGCUCGAAAAUAAUGCUAUUCGCGACGGGCGCAUCGUUCAACAGGUUGUAGAACUCUCUACACUCCACGUUUACCUAUCGUACCACCCAUGUGCGAACCGUUUCGUAGAACUAUAAAAAAUCGCUACGCCUGUGACCCUCUUCUCGUGACAUUUCACGGAACUUCUCGAUCCCUUUCUUCCAAGAAUCCCAAGAAACCUAAUCGAUAUGUCUACGUACAUUUACAUCCGGACGUUCGAAGCACCGCGACGCAGGGCGUUUCAUUCCACCUCGCGACGAGGUGAGAACGUUUCAGGCUGCGAGAAAAGACAUGACGUUUAGCGGUGGUCGUUCCAGCGAAUGUGGAAACUUUCCCACUCGUGGUUCUUAACCCUUUCGCGACGACACCGUUAGCAGCUGCGUCAUCGUUGCACGGGAAUGCGGGCACUAAACGGCUGACAGGCAAAGUUUCCCUGGCUUCUAGGAAAAGAGCACUCUAGACACCCUUAAUUGAAGGUUACACAUUUUCUGCCAGAAGUAUUAAGUACAGUUGAUUCGAGUUUGCUUGAAUGAGAACUGAGAGUUUUACAGGAGUUACUUAAAAAAAUAGAUGGGAAGGAAAAAUUCCUAGCGCGCGAAAUCUAAUUAUCCUUCUGUCUGUCAAGGGAUAGUUGAGAAAUUUUCCAGGCAGCCUGGGUUAGAUCUAGAUUAGGCCCUCCGUCGCGAAAGGGUUGAAAGCACUGGGAUUCUCUAAAGUCGUCUACAGGGUGCACAGAAUUUUCCUAAAUUUUUUUUUGAACGUACAAUUCAAAAGGUUUCCUAAUUUUUGUGUUUAUUUUUAGAUAGCUUUGUAACACAAUUAUCAUUACAAUUCUACUCAACUGAAUUAGCUGAAUAGAGGCGCAGCGUACGUAUCGCAUUAAAAACAUGAACAAACAGGAACAUUCCGUGCAUGCUGUACUACGAAAUCGUAUUCCUGGCAUCUCCAUCGAUCCCUAGCGAAGGGAAUUCGACGGAACCGAAGUCGUACGCUAACGAACCCUAGAUAGGGUUCAAUUUCCUAAUCCUAAUCCACGGCAGCGUCGUUGCGCGCGAAAACUCGGUACGUCGGACUCGUAAUCGUUUCGCGUUACGAGUUUAAGGGACCUCGUCGCGGGUAGAUUAAAUUACGCAUAGGCGUUCGUGUUCCUCGAAAUGUUCGCGGGGCGCGAUUAAUCACCAUCGGGGAAAUUGAGCUCUCAUGCUUGGCGGAACGUACGAUCUAAAACUAAUUCGACGCGCAGGGAAACCAGCACGUACGCUUGCGUUCCCCCAGACUUUAUAGCACGAUUCUGGAUUUGGGUGAUCGGGUGAUAUACUUCUGAAUUUCGGGAAGAAAUGUUACAUAUUUAUCGAAGAAAAGAAAAGUAGGACACGGAGAUCAGUUUCCUGAAGAGAAUGGGGACUUGAAUCAUAUUGAUUCAUCUCAUCGUUUUCUUGGGAAAGUGUUGUUUAAAGAAAGAAGAAAUUGUUUAUUUAUAAAAGUGUUAGAAUGCUCCCUUAAAAUUAGGGGUUGUGGCUCGUCUGGGCGAUCGAACGAGUCGUUUCCUUAAACCCAUACUUUGAGGGAGCCACUAGUCGUUUAAAAUACAAUGUUAGGGAAACGAUUCGUCGAGGUUUAUAUUUCUCCCAUUCUCCGCUUCUGUUUCUUUUUCCCAUUAAUUCACGUGUCUCCCUUCUGGUGUCUCGCACGAUUCACGACCCCGGCAUUAAAUACUUGCUGCAGUUAUGCGCGUAUUCGAAGCGGUAACUAUUUCCCCAGUCGGAGUCCGCCACGUUUUGACCGUUCUCUCGGGCUUCUACUUCCCAUUUUGCGGUCGGCGCUUUCCGUUGGAGAUUCACGUUUGUGUCUCUGCGUUUCCAGGUUCGCUUUUCUCCGCUGCGGUUACUUUCGGGCGCGUUUGAGAGGAGCACGCGCGCAUAUACCAUCGGCUGUGGUUCAUAGUUCCGUUCGAUGAUUCUAACGAUGGCCUCUGGCGAACCUUUCUAUCCGGGAGAGCUUGCUUCGAAUACCUUUGGUGGUUUUUUUCGAUGAAAUGGGGUAAAUUCUUGUUGGAUAUGGCAGGCGUAUGGUGAAUAGUUUUGGAAAUGUGUUUCUAGUCCUCGUGGAAUGGUAGAUAUGGGAUUGAAAGUCCAGUCAGUUUCAGAAACAUUCAUAUCCUCUGUGUCUAUCAAAUGAAGCUUAAACGAUGAUUUUUGAUAUUUCCAAAUAAACGUUUCAUUAUAAACAAGUACGCUGGCUGUAUCUCUGGAUUAUUUUAAAAUUAACAAAAAUGCUCGUCGCUGUAGCAUUUGAUCGCUGAAGAGAAUGAAAUAUUUAACAAAAGUACACAGAUAAACUCGUUCCCUCUUGAAAGCGUAUAAUUGGCUCCGGGGUAAUCUAGAAAUACAUUUCCUGUAAAUUGUAUCGAUCCGGAAUUAAGCAUAUAUUUCUGGGAUAAAAGAAGAGAAGAAUUCUCAUUUGUUCGCGUUGAAACGUUUUAAUUUCCAUUCGGAACGGGGAUUUUCUGGUUUUCUGCGACGCCCAAACACGGUAUUGCGCGCCAUCGAUUCACCCCUUUCCGUUCUUUUGCGGUCGUCGCUGGAACAGUGUGUUCGGGACGCGGAUCGAAACUCUUUGCCACUCUUUGCGUAGUCAAAGCGCAGUUGCACGUAAAGUGAAAAGUUCCAGGUCCCUGCAGUCUUUUACACGGAAGAUUCCCCGCUACUUCCGAACGAUCGCACCGAAACUCGCGAGUAUAACAGAGACCGCGAACGCAAGAAUUUAUCGUGCCAUGAUUCUACUAGACGCGAUGCAACUAGGGUUUCCACGCGUGGGCCGCUAGAACAGAAUAAACGUCUCGUAAGGAAACGUCUCGUAAGGAAAGAGUUGCGAGUGGGGUAAUAUACAAGGGUAGGUGUAUUGCCUCGCUUUAUAGGUAACAAUUUUUGUUAGUCACCAUACGUUGAAGGUUUUAUUUGUUUAAAAGAAAACGUAGCUUAUUACAACGAAGUGUAGGCGCCAUAUUUGCAGGGCAUAUUUGGAAAUCGUGAUACUAUUUGAACACCACUCCACGUUGAAUAUAUGCAAACGUAUUUCAAAUUUCAGCUACUCUACCAUACAAAUUAAUAUCACAUCACUCCUGCCACGUGGCAUGUGAAAUUUUCAAUUCGUUAUUCCUACAAAACUAACCCAAAUAGCAGCCCAUUUUUAAACCAAACUCUUCGUGUUUUUCAACGCAAAGUAACGUUGGUAAAACAGAAUAGAAAUUCGAGCGAAAACAUCGGGUUUGCUCAGGUUCCGUGGGCUCAGAUGCCGUGUGCCAGCGAUGAUUCCUAAUUAAGAGAGCGCCGCGAUUGGUCGCAAUUAAAAUUACACGCGCAGGUCGGACACGAAUAAUGGCGCGAAGGAAUUGAGGACAUCGAUCCUCCGUUCUGCGAACGGGGAACGAUUCGUGAAGGCACUGUCCCAUUGUUCCGGAUUAAAUUCGCGUUGGCGGAGCCAGUCGAGAGGACCGCGAGGUUCGUUCUGGCUCCACGCACCGUCGAUUCCUCGCGGAUGCACGUUCGGCCGGCUCGAUCCGAUUUCGAUUGCGCCCACGCAACGUCAGGUCGAUCGUGGUUCGUCGAACUUUGUCGAUGCACCGCCUGGAACGAACUAAAAUCAAAAUUGGCCUCUGAAACGACGAGCGAGAAAAAUCAUUUUUCAUCUAAUGGUCAAACUAAAAUUCGAAGCUAGCUCUUCUUUAGUUAUUGAGCUCUUUUAGACCAAGAAGAUCCUUAAACUAUCUCCAGUAAAUGCUUCAAAUUUAAUACGUCGACAAUCGACGAAAGGUCAUCUUCGAAAAUUUUCUUGCACUUCCACGUUUUCCAUCCUUCCUGUGCUCACCUUCUCUCCCUCGAUUUCCUGGAAAAUCACGCUCUACACACGCAUGACCUAGUUUUACUCCGCAAUCGUCCCUGCUCAUUUUUAUUCCACGUUCAAUCGGACCCAUUGUCCCCGACGCGAUUAUACUCGCUGCUGGAUCGCGCCGUUGACGUCGAGAAGAAUCCCUAUUAAUCGCUCUAAUAGCCAAUGAAGAGUCUAGCAUAUAAAAAAUGGUGAAAAAAGAGGUGCAGGCUCUCGCGUCGGACUCGCGGAGCGUGCGACGCGAGCUCAAUGGAAGAUCUGUCGCGUCGCGGGCGUUCUCGGUCGCGGCAAAAACAACGCCGCCAUUGAAAUCGUCAUAAAAUCGCUAAAAGCCGCGGACCCUUUCUGUGUCCGCCUUUCACCUCUCUUUCGUUCCCGUUCCGUGCCCGCGUUUAGUCCCCCGUCCCCGUCCGCCCCUUUUUACGCCCGAGGAAACUGAAUUUUCCAGCCACGCGCCGCGAGACGAAAAACGUAAUUGUAGAACCGAGUUCGUUAAGCCGCGCGUGGACUAAUUGCGUCGCGAUCCGGCCUCCGCGCCUCUGCACGUCGGCGAACGAUUUUUUCGCGAUUUAGUACGAAUUCAGACCUCGCGAAACCCCUCGAGGCAGAGAGGACGUCGAAAAAGUGAUCGCUUUCGACGUUCCUCCGAGUGCCGAAGGAUUUUUCUCUAGGAUUAAGGAUAAGAGUCGCUCUAGGAUUUCCGAUAGAAAAUUGCAUGGAGCGUAUCCAAUCUUUGGUUUCGAAUGAAAGACGACGAUGGAAAGGGAGACGAAGCGUCCACGAUAACGAAGACGAUAGUCAUAUUUUGGUAUUAUGAAGCAAUGAAGCCUUAGAGCCUCUUUUAGAAUAUCCUUAUAGGAAAAAUGCUUAUCGGUGUUCUUUUUAACCCUUUGCACUCGGGAGAUGACUCUCAAUCACCAUUAGGUUUCACGCAGCAAAUCUAUCAGCAAUAAUGUUUAUUUAGGUUUAAUUUCUUUGGAAUUCAAAGUAUAAUAUAAUGAGGACAAUAAAAUGAUUGUCGGUGAGGUAAAGGUGACAUGAUUGUCAAAUCUCGAUAGCUUAGCAUUUGUGGCAAUAGAAUGUUAAGAAAGCACCUCGAGUAGAUACUAAAAAGUGGCCUUGGGUGCAAAGGGUUAAUAUACUCAAAAAGCUUUACCAUUCCACGCUUUCUAUUAACUAUACUUAAAGUCACCACGCCAGUCAAAGCAUCGUCCCUCUUCCCGUUUCCUUCACGAGGGUUUCACUCCGACAUCACUCCUCGUCACCCUUCAUGUUCUUGGUAACGUUCAGGGAACAUCGAGGAUCGAAGGUCUGCGAAAGUUCCCGGUCGGAGGAAGCGCGACGACGUCGAGAUUUACCGUGGGAGAUUUAAGGAACCGGUGUGGAAGCGUCACGGUGUGAAACAAUCGAACAAAGUACUCGACUGUGCGUCUCCGAACCUAGUCGGUAACGUCCUUCCGUUUUUCUAUACGCCAUCAUGGUUAGGUGUUCUCCCCCGGAGACAUACUUUACGCCUCGUUCCAUCCUCCUCCGACUCGCGUCCCGCGUGCAAGAGCCCUGGCGAGAAUUAUUACGCUCGACUUCCCGUUUUUAACGUUCAUCCGUUCCUGGGGCUCGCUGGUUCCUUCCAGCCGAUCCUGGAAAAUAUUUUCCCAGCCAUAGAACACCAAUGAGGAAUCGAUCGAUCGACAGCUCGACCGGAGAGCUGUCCAUUCGCAGGAUACGAAGCAAAAAAGUUCUUUUGUCAAUUUCGUCUUGUAUUUGCGAAGCUGUUUCCCCUAUUUUUUAACUUUUUCGACGGUCGAAUAUUGCCGCGAGAGGUAGCGUUCCUAUUGGCAGAAAUUUCACCCUCCCGAGAAUAUUCAUUUUUCGAGGGGCUCUCCGCGUUCUCCCAAAAGCAACAAAAAAAUUACAACGCUCUCCGGGUAUGGAUUCGUGUGGACCACGGUUUUCUUUAUAUAUCUCGGCCCUGGUGGAUUGGAAAGUCACGAAACAUUUCAUGGGUUGCUUUAAGACGAAAAUACAAAUAUUAACGUCUAAUAUGCGCGAGCGUUUAUUUGUAGGCUUUUUAAUUUCGAUGUUCCUGGAUUUUAUUAAUUGUGUCGUUGCUUGUCUACUCGUCGUUAGGGGCUUUACUGUUGGUCUAUUUAGGGACAGUGUACAACUAAAGAAAGAAUUUUCUGCAAUUAGUAUAUAUUAAUCUAGGCUAAUAUUGACUUCUACCGUACAUUCCUGCGAAUGAGAUACAUAAAAGGCUCGUCAAGUGUUGAUAUAUCUUUUAAUUGUAUCCACAAGUUAAUAUUAAGUUACAUUAACAUAUAUAUUAACCCCUCGGAGGUCACACGUCCUGGAAAUAACGCGACCGGUCACAGGGGGUCCCAAUGACCCCAUAUUUAAAGCCAUAUUUAAACGAUUGCCGCGUUGCCAGUAUCGUUCCGGAACGACUCAUAAAAAUUCAGGAUAUUAGUUUGAACCUUUCAGAAUUAGAAUAUCAUGGCAAAAAAUGUUUAUCAAAUUUUCAAAAUGGCAAAAAAAAAAUCAGCAAGGAGGCAAUACGUAAAAACAAAUCAUAACUCUGAAACAACAAUCAUAAUUUUUAAUAUAUUUUCAUAAAAUUAAUAACUUAUAGUAGUUCUAGCUUAAAGUUGCGCGUGGGGCCAUUUUGACCCCGAGUGACAGCGACGGGUUAACGUGGAAAAUUCUUUUUUAAUGUAGGAAUCUAACGACUUUAAAACGUAUUACAGUUUGACAACGAAUUACUCAUUGUCUGACUUUUACAACUGUCUCGACCGAACUGAACUCCGAAUUAUUAUAAUAACCAAUCACACCGCGUUCCCACGCAACCAUUGCAUACACGGAUACACUCACACACUUACCCUCAUAUUAUAUAUCGCACUCCUACAUAAGUAAACUCUUCUUCAAAUUCUUCCUAAAUGGGUCAAUAUUUAAAGUAUCAAAUUAAAGAAAUAUUCCUGUGCAUGUCAAUGAGUUCCAUCACGCACUCUGAUUUCCAUUACACCUCGCCCAAACCGUUCCUCUCGCCCACACCUGCCAACUUUACCCUAUCCAGAAGAGUUCCACCCUCCGACGCCCCAACGUUCGAGCGCGGGCAAGUACCAGGAACGAUCCAAACGAGGAAAAGUUUCGCCGCGGGCAGAUGGUCCGAGCCGACGCGAGGAACUACGUCGCCGUCCGUUUCUCCCAUCGACGGUUUCGCGAGGUCGACGUGUUUGCCAAGAGAUUCCAGCGUGUCGCGACAUCCCCUCGACGGCAAGAAAAACGGACGGAGAUGAAAGUAGCCCGAGCACGGAUUCCCGAGCGCCGGUUAUCGGGAAAAGUCGGAUGAAAGAAAAGUUGGGAAACUCGUUCCCUUCGGUGUUUCCAGGCGGGAAGUUCGCGAGAUCAGCGACGCCUAUCGUUGUUCGCGCGACUCCCAGAUCGAGUUCCCGUCGAUUUUGAUGGUGUCUUACCUGUUGCAACCUUGGGGAGGUGCAAAAACAAAGGGGAAAGUUCGUACGAACUUGUUCUGGUCGCGGGGAUUGCGCUACGAGCAUUGGAUACACUGCAAGGGUGGUAGCGGGAGAGUCAAAGUAAAAAGAUCGGUAUCUUUAGAGUGGGGGAGUAUCUAUAGUCGGUACUUUCAGGGCGCAUAGCUCUUCUUCUGAUCUUGAACAAGGCAAUGCGAGUCUAGUGGCUAGAUGGUCGAGUGCUUUGCUCCCUCGUUUCUUCCAAGUCUCUUAUCGCGUCACCGCUUUAAGAUUGGAACUCGGUUUGUUUUGAUCACGAUUUUCACUCGACUUGAUUUUUAAUUCCUCUCACAGUCGAUUCAAACGAUCUCCUUAUUCCGCUCGUUUUCAAGCUCGAUGAACUUACUUUUCAGACCUCGAGUCAACGGUAGCUACGACACCCGUCUCGGUACACGAUUCUUGCACAGUUAGUCAACGCAGGUCGUGGGUCUACCAGCGAUAAGUUACAGUGCUUUCUCCGAGUGGGCCGAAGUUUGAGAAGCCUUGUAGCUGUCGUAGACAGUUCGGAGGAUGUUCUGGCAACUGUUGCAGGCGAUAGGAAGACGAGAUAACACGAAAUUAUAGCCCGAGCCACGGUUUUCCCACGAUUUCGAGAUUCUCGCUGAGGUAAAGAGCUUUCUUUUCGUAGACGGUUCGGUCUAAUUCGAAUUCUCGAUUCUCCUUCGGCGACUAGAUCGGUCGCGUCGAUUAAACACUCUUCCUCGUUUGGAUACCAACCGACUUUUGAGAACAAGGAGAUGUCGAUGAGAGGUAAACACGAGGGAAACACUGGAAACGCCGCAGAACUUUCGUGCUAUUGAUAUUGUUGAAGUUCCUUUUGCGAGUAAAGUGAAAUUCAGGGGGUUGUGUUUGGAGAAAGUUAGGGGAGAAGAUCGAUAUUUCGAGUGUCAGGGGUCUGAAAACAAGCGGCAUCGAGGUUCCGUAGAUGGAUAUAUAAAAGCUACGAAAUUUUUAGAGAAAAAGAUAUUUAUUUUAAUGGGAAAGAAUGCUUCAAAGUUAAAAUGGGGAAGUUCCAAGCUUUAUGCUGGAGCCAAUAGACUGUUGGAUCGCUACAGGAAUCAUACAUGUUUCCCAAAUAGCAGACAUUUGUUCAACCCUGUAACACUCGAUGGAAUAAUAAUAUUCCUUAUUGCACGUAGCACUAGAUCGAAAUACGCUGACACAGGGUACACCCACGUUCACGAGGUUCUUCCAUUGUUUUCGGGAGCUCGGAAUCCUUUCCUCCGAUACUUCCUAGCGGGACGUUCGAAAGGAAAAUCGAAUUUGCGUCGGUUACGAUGGCGUCUUACCUGUUGCCGUCGUUUCCGCGCUCCCCCGUCGAUGUCUACUCGCGCAUUUUUCCGUUUUUCCGCGAGGGCUCGCGGUAGAAUUUGUAACGAGCUUGCGAGGAAGACGUCUGAAAGAAUCGUGUUUGGAAUUUCUGUCGGAUACACCCCCCGCCUUCGUUUUUCCGCUUCGCGUGACGCGUCACGCGUAACGCGCCCACGUCGGGGAGGAACAAAACCUCCCAGGAAUAUACGUACGUCGACGAACGAAUGAAACGCAAUUUCGGAAUAGUUCCCCUUUCCGAGAAGAUUAAAUUUUCCUCCGUUCGUAUUAUGGAGUCGAGCGUGGUUCGCCUCGCGUCCCGAGAAAGCUGACUGGUUAACAUUCAGCUCCCGAUGCUCGUCUACGUUUACCUGGUUUGACGUGCCGCGAAGAACGGAAGCUGCGAAAUGAAGAGGACGAAAAGGAGAUUCCUAAUUUAUUUUUCGAACGCGAUAUUUUUGAUAUUUUUGAUUCCUUGCGCGGCUCUCAGCGCCGUGUACGUCGUAGAUUAACUUAGGAAAAGGUAUUCGAGAUAUCAAAAUGAUGGUUGAAGGUUAGGUGAAUAUGUCGUUUAUAUCCCGUUUCUUUUUUAACGUAGAGUAUGUUUUACCGGAGGUUCUCCGCGACAAAAUGUGACUCGAAAGUGUAAUGAAAAGUGAAACACUCUGGGUGACUUCGUCGCUUCCUCUGGCGUCGCUGAAUGAUAUUGGUGCCAGGCAAGUUUUAACGCACUUAAAGCCAUACAUAGAAUAUUCUAUGGCUUUAAGUGUGUUAAAAACGCUCGAUUUUUAAAAACAGCAUCGUUAACGCAUUCUAGCCCUUUGCGCUCGAGGCAUAUUUCUAUAGAAUAAAAUCCAGUCCACUUUUAUAAUAAAUUUCUGUAAAACCAAAAGCUCUACUUCGAAAAGAAACAUCUACGAACAUUCAUGACUCAGUGUAUUAUUAUUUCAAGCAAUAAUUAGCUGUAUUCUGGUAUAAGUAAAAUUGAAAUUGUACGUUCAAAAAAUUACUUUUAAAUUACAUAUGUCGCCCUAGAGGUGCCACUCGAGCGCAAAGGGCUAGAAUCCUCCUUGCAUCACCUCGAACGAAUAUAUUCUAAAGAAAAUACGCCCGCAAUUUCAGGAAAAAUUUAUCCUUCAAAAAUGAGUAUUUUGCUAGAACCACAGUAAAUUCACUAUUCCAAGUCGAUAUACAUUUCUCCAUUAAUUUAUAUUCCUUCGUCCAAUCUCGCUGAAGAACGUUGACAGACGCUCAGACAGAAAAAGGGAGGAAUCACAGACGUGACCUUGAAUGCGCCCUAACGAUUCGCGGAGUAAUUAAAAGGAGGUCGGGAGUCUUUCUGACAGGGGGGUGGGAAAGCCCUCGAAGCGAUGUCCAAUUAGAUCGUUCGAGCGCAAAUCGAAGGAGACGUCGAAGUCGUGUACGAUGAACAGGGAGGGGUUGUUGACUCGACGAUUGCAAGGAUGAAAGCACGAUUGGCUCUGUUCGAACAAUCAUUUUGUAGGCGUUGGGUUGUGUUUAAGAGUUUUAAUGAUCAGGUAUGAAUAAGAAGUGCUUGGAAGAGCCGGUCUUGGUCGCACCUUGACGUUGUUUAUCAUAAAUAGAUUGCGGAUGUUUAUGCACUUAUGCCAAAUAAAAUAAGUCAACUACAUGUUACACCGUUUAGAAGACAAUACAUACUUUCGUUUAAAUUUCAUUUAAAUUUCUUUUUCCGCGUCUAUAAAGAUAUGAGAACGCAUAGACACCUGCAGUCUAAUUAUAAACGUGUUAAAUUUAUUAAUUUAGCUCGAAUCUCGAAGUAGACGGUCGAGGAAAGCUUCAAAGUUGAAACUGGAACGUCGACGCUGCCGUGGCGUGGAAUGGCUCGACGUGCCGAGCGAUGCUCGUCGUUAUAACGCGAAUCGCAAAAAAAAGGAUCGCUCUGUAUAAUAAAUAACAAUAAUGGCGCACGGUCGGACCGAGGAAAAAUAAAUUCUGUUUGACGUACCGGGCCGUGCGAUCGUUUUCAUCGCCGUUAGCGAAAUUCCCCGAUGUUUUCCCGGGGCGAACGUUUCGAUUUUUCGAGCGGUCGCGGAUUUUGGCGACUGGAAACGGACAUCGUCGUAUCACUGGCCACGCUGGCUUAGAAUUUUUCGGGAUACAAUUAACCGUGCGAGUGGAGACGGUUGUUGCGUUAUUCCUAAGGUGCGUGCUCGCGCAGAUACGCACAAGUUCCCGUAGACUAACUCGUCUCCGCGUAACCGAGCGACGACGAUUCGCACAGCGUGCUCGCAUUGAUCAAUCGUCGCUCGCGCGACUCUUGACCGAUUGUACAUAAUAUACAUAUAGUACGUAAAUAUUCGACGUGGCGUAAAUGUUACGUAUUAUUAUAUUUUAUAAUAAAACUGGAGUAAACGAA